AUGCUUAAAAGAGGGCCGCCACAGAACCAGCAGCGGGCGAUGAGUUUUGUGGGAGUGGACCGUAAGGACGCUAAAAGAAGUGCCGCGGAUCCCAGGGGCGACGCGGAUGGUGUUGGUGUCGAGGGGGGGUCGGGUGUGGGGAUGACGGCGUCGUCGUCGAUGUGGGGGGUGGCCCCACCAGCGGCGGCAAACGAGGGUUCAGAGUCGUUGCCAGUGCGUUACAGACGGGGACUGCUGUUCAACGGCAACGCUAAGCUCAGGGGCGGGGCGGCAGCGGCGAACAAAGCGAAGAAGGUGGCGGCGAAGCCGCAAGUGGGAGAGCACGGCAUGCUGCACGACUUCACCAAGACUCCGCUGGAUACCUUAGACCUCGACGACGUUAAGCGACUACUGGAAGAGAGCACGGUGCCGAUACCGCCACCGACGGGUUUCAUCUUCCACGAGACUCGGUGUGGCUCGACGCUCGUGGCUAACAUGCUCGCAAGCGUGGAGACCAACGUCAUGUGGUCGGAAAGCACAGGCCCUUGGAAGGUGAUGCACACCUGCCCGAAGUGCCAUAAGGAGCAGAUCGUGCCGUGGCUGAGGGUUAUCAUGGACGCCAUGGCGAGGAGUGCAAGACACGACCACUUCUACUUCAAGUUCCAGAGCUCGGAGGAUAUCGACGCCGUCACCUCGGCCUACCCUGACACACCGUGGAUUUUCAUUUUCAGGGAGCCGAUUGAGGUCAUGAUGUCGCGGCUGGGGGCGCAGCGAAUCGGCAUGGAAGGGAUGGAGAAAGAGGUGGCGGCGAGGGUCGAGAGGGGCAUGAAGCCUUCCAAGAUCCCGUCGAAGCCGAAGCUCGGAAAGCCCCCCAAGGAAACAUCGGCGGCGCAAGUGCUCGCUGGACUGUGCAAGAAGGCCAUUCACGCGUUCGAGGCUAACCCCGGCAAGGGGAUGAUGGUCGAGUAUCCCCACCUCCCGCACGGCAUCUUGUCGACCGUGCUGCCCGACCACUACGGGGUGACGGUUUCUGAGGCCGAGAGGGAGCGCAUGAUGAGCACGACGCAAAUGUACUCCAAGGUGGCGUCGUUCGCGAAGGGCUCCACGACGGACUCCAAGUUCACGGAAGACACUGACACAAAGCACGAAGCGGCGUCCGUGGCAGUGCAAGAGGCGGCUCAGAGGCUGCUCUACGCGGACUAUUACAAGCUCAGGAGCUUGUCCACGUGGCCUGUCGAGUCAGCCUGA